AGAGUCCAAGAGGCCCAUGACCGAAAGCAAAAGUUACACAAGACAGAAGAAUCCAUAAAGCCGUUUCCUUCUUCCUCUUCUUCACUCAUUUGUUUCUCCAGAGCCCCACCCUCCAAUAUCAACUUCCAGUUCUUCUCUUUUCUCUCUUCUCUCUUCUCUCUUCUCUAUCUCUACCCAAUAAAAUAUUAAAAUAUUCUUAAAAAGAACGCAUUUUUCAGCUCCACUUGCUCACUCCGAACAGUGAAUAAAGCAAUCCCAUCCUGAUCCUCCCAUGGCCUCCUCAGAUCAGAUCUCGCCUUCUCUCUCCAAUUAACAACGAAUUUACACUAAAACUUCUCCAAAUUCAUGGCGACCUUGCAGAAAUUCAAGCUCUUAGCCGCCCAAUGCGCCGUAGCCGGAAGCCCCACCCGGAGCCCAUCCGCCAGCCCAGUCAUUCACCUCCGCCGCCGCAAAACCCUAAGAAUGUUCCUCUCCCGCACCGACCGCCGCCGAUUUACUAGCCGAAGCAACUCCGACCCUCCAGUAAUCAACGGCGACGACGAAGACGACGACGAUGAUCGGCCGCAGAAGAGCAAGGAGGUCGCGAAGGUUCGGCACAAGCUUAAGGACCUCUUCGUGUCCUCGCCGCCUUUAGAAGAUAGGGUUUCGGAUAGGAGCCGAGGAAUUGAACAAGAAGAAGAGCGAGGGUUGUUGUCGGCGACCGGAAGUGUCGGCGGGGGUGGGCGGCCACUAGCAGCGUCGUUUCGAUGUAGAUUACUGAAACGAGCUUGGCGGCCUGUGCUCGUCACCAUCCCCGAGUAGGCGUUCUCAAUUUUCUGUGGAUGCACGGAUAAUUCCAAAAUUUUAAUUAUUUUUUUCUUUUUUGGUUCUUGAAAAUAUUAAUUUUUGCUACUCUCGGAGUGUAAUUUUAGAUUAGAAAUAUAAAUAAAUAAAAUAACUAAUGGGAUUAUAAUAUUA